AGCGACUAGUCAAAACAAAAAUCUUCUGGAAAGUCCUCCUGAUAUUAAAAAGCAAGCUAUCCCAGUACGUAGCUACCGAUAAAGUUAGCAACUUUGUUUAAAGUGAUAACAAACAUAACUUCCAUGUUUGUAAAGUACAUUUAGUCACCACGAUUCACUAUGGAUACCGUUCAAAAGUUCAGAUUUUUCUACAACUUGUUUUGGUCGGUUUUUGUGGAAUAGCUGGAAUGCUAACGCUGUGUAGAAAUAUCAGUUAGCUUAGCAUUGGACUAACCAACAACACAGAAAACCCCCAGCCUCUUCUGGGCCCUGUUGGACGGCAGGGGCUUGUUAUUUCACUCACUGGUUCUUCUGACAGCAACACCUUCAAGAUGUCUAUCCUCGGGUUGAAAAAGAAACAGCCGAAGACUUUUAAAGUCAAAGUUAUCACCAUGGAUGCCGAGAUGGAGUUCAGCUGUGAGGUGAAGUGGAAAGGCAAAGACCUGUUUGACCUGGUGUGUCGCACCGUUGGUUUGAGGGAGACCUGGUUCUUUGGACUCAGGUACACAGUAAAGGACACCUACGCCUGGCUGAAACCAGAGAAACGGGUCUUGGACCAGGAGGUUCCCAAGGACUCGCCCAUAACAUUUCAUUUCCUGGCGAAAUUCUUCCCAGAAAAAGUGGAAGAAGAGCUCGUCCAGGAGAUAACUCAGCACCUCUUCUUCUUACAGGUAAAGAAACAGAUAUUGGAUGAAGAGAUAUUCUGUUCCCCUGAAGCGUCUGUCCUGUUGGCAUCCUAUGCUGUCCAGGCCAAGUAUGGGGACUAUGACCCAAAUUUCCACAAGCCGGGCUUCCUGGCACAAGAUGAACUUUUGCCAAAAAGAGUUUUGAUGCAAUACCAAAUGACAGCUGACAUGUGGGAGGAGAAGAUCACGGCUUGGUACGCCGAGCACAGAGGCAUCGCCAGGGAUGAGGCUGAGAUGGAAUACUUAAAAAUUGCUCAGGACCUGGAGAUGUACGGUGUCAGUUACUUCGCCAUCACUCAAAAUAAGAGGGACACAGACCUGUUACUCGGAGUGGAUGCUCAGGGUCUUCACAUCUACAGCCCCAACAGCAAACUCAACCCCAAUAAAUCCUUUCCCUGGAGCGGCAUCCGCAACAUCUCUUACAGUGAGAAAGAGUUCACAAUUAAACCCUUGGAUAAAAAGAAAGAUGUCUUCAAGUUCUACUCAUCUCAACUGCGUGUCAACAAGCUGAUCCUGCAGUUGUGCAUUGGCAAUCACGAUCUGUUCAUGAGGAGGAGGAAGGUGGACUCCAUUGAAGUGCAACAGAUGAAGGCUCAAGCGAAGGAAGAGAAGGCCUGCAAGAAGAUGGAGCGUCAAAUCCUGGCACGGGAAAAACAGAUGAGAGAGGAAGCAGAACGGGCCAAAGAGGAGAUGGAGAGAAGGCUUUUCCAGCUGCAGGACGAGGCGCGACUGUCCAACGAGGCUCUGCUUCGUUCUGAGGAGACAGCCGACCUGCUGGCAGAAAAGGCUCAGAUUGCCGAGGAGGAGGCAAAGCUUCUGGCCCACAAAGCUGCAGAAGCUGAGCAGGACAGGCAGAGGUUAGAGGUCACGGCCAUGAAGACCAAGGAGGAGAAAAGGCUGAUGGAGCAGAAGAUGAGGGAGGCCGAGCAGCUGGCCGUCAAACUGGUGGAGCAGUCUGAGAGGAGGUUGAAGGAGGCCGAUCACCUGAAGCAGGACCUGACGGAGGCAAAGGACGCUGAGCGGAGAGCCAAACAGAAGCUGCUGGAGAUCACCAAAACAACAUAUCCUCUCAUAGCAGCCUACUCUGCUCCUCCUGCCCCCCCUGCUCCUCCUGAAGCAGCCGACUUUGCCUAUGAAUCGACGUCCACGCGUCUGGACUUCAAAGACUCGGACAUGAAAAGGCUGUCCAUGGAGAUCGAGAGAGAGAGGCUGGAGUACAUGGAGAAGAGUAAACACCUGCAGGACCAGCUGAAGGAGCUGAAGACGGAGAUCGAGUCUUUGAAGCUGGAGGAGCAGCAGCAGCAGGCCGGCGUCUACAGCCUCCGCCACGAGGCCCGGGGAUACAACCAUGAGCCGGUGUACAUACCUCACAGCAACCGAAACUCUGCGUACAUGUCUCAGAUGGCUUUCUUUGAAGAAGUGUGAUCGAGUCCUGCAAGAUACACAACGUGGGCCCCAGCUGUUGUGACUUUUUACCUGACUGAAACUAACACAGACACUCUCUUACAUCAUGACUGUGCUUUGGGAAGACUAUAAAUCUAUCCACAACAACAAACAGCCACUAGUUGCUACCACCUUCCACACUACAGCACCUUCUACAUUUCUUUUAUAAAGAACACAUCCAUGUUUGUUUCUAACACUGAUUCAGGAUAUGGUGCUGAUGAUAGUUGCAUGUUGCCGUGUCGAGUUGCUGAUGUUGUUUUGUGGUUUUUAAGGGAUGCUUGGCUGCGAGAUGGUCAGAUAUCAGAUCAUAACUUCAUGACAUUUGAAAUAAUGCGUUAACAACAUUUAGGGGCAGGGAUUGAGGCUCAGAUUUGUCCUAAACUGGCUCUAGUCAAGUUCCUCCAUUAGUGGAUAUUGGAUGAAUUAUCUUUUUACUUUGGAGGAAACAUAAAAAAUGUAAACAAUCAGGUCAUUUUCUUUCAAACCAGCAAAGUGUUUCUCAAACUAUUGGAAAAGAAAUGACCUGAAAGAACCCCAAAUUUCAACCUAAACAUGUUCCAAACUUUCUUUUUAACGUGGUUUUGAAGACUAAAAAUACACUAAGGACAACUCUUGAUUAUUGGCAACAAAAACUCAUAGAAGUUAUUCAUAAUAUUGCAAUCGCAAUUCACAGAAUAGCCUGAGAAGCGGAAGUGUGCAGGGACAGUUUCUAGAUAAGACACUCCAUAGAAAUGUUAAAUGCCGUGUUGAUCUUUGUUUUGGUGGUUUUGUUUGAUUUUCUGUUAUUUGGUUGUUGAACUGCCUUUGCACACAGGUGCCUUUGUAUUGUUUCCAGUGCCUCAACACACAGAAAUGUAGUACACAAGCUUGCCAUUUCAACUUUUUAUAUUUUGUAGUCUAGGAUUGAUGCUGCCUUUAACUUUAUUUUUUACCAUUAUGAUAAGAGUUACUAAGGGUUUUAUUUGCUACCAUUGUGCUGAUGUGUCUUAGCAUUGGGCUUGCCUUCGAGCUUGGGUUGGAUGUCCUACCCUGAUUUUUUUUUUUAGUAUCAGAUUUCUGGUUUUCUUUUAUUUCCUCAGCUGGUGUACUUCUCAGGGUUAGUGUUGGAGACAAUCACUACAGAUACAGUAUAAUCUAAUUGUGUUUCCCCUGAGAUAAACAGUAUUUUUUUCCUAUAUUGCUAACCGAUUCAAACAGGCUAUUGACGUAUAGCUUGGUUAUAGUCUUUCACAAGGUAGAGAUUUUAGACAUAUUGAGGUGGGUAACUGUUAUAACACUAAAGUCCUCAUUAUAUUGUUAAAAAGGGAGAGGCUGGAUGCCAAAUGUACAGCCUGAGAUUCUGCGUGUUUGUUUAUUUUUAGAUUGACUUCAUGAUGGACCUAACACAGACAGUUGAUUGGUUCAUCAUUGCCCUCAUGGUUGUGUUAUUAGGCCAACCUUGGUCUUUUGUAAACUGUAUUGUGUAAAAUGUCCCAGUGAACGUGUCCGUUUUGUAUUUCAUCAACACAUUUCUUAAGUGCUUUUAUUUGCAUCUUCAACCUUAUUUAUUUGUGCUAUAAAUCCUUGAAUAACAUCAUCACACAUGUUAUGUUUGUGGGGGGAUCCAAUGUUUAUUUUGUUUUUCCAGAAAUGGACUUUACUGCUACUUACUACAAGGCGAGUGCUAAGGAAUAAUUUAACACACAACACAAUAUUGUACCCUGGGAUGCCUUAGGUCUACGUUGAAGUGAUUACGAUGUAACACAAAUCUGUCAAUGAUUUAUUUCUUUUCUCAACUUAUUUUGGUGUAUAUCCUUUCAUUACAACCGUGGUCAUACAACAUG